AUGCCAGCGACCAGACACACCACUUUGAGAAGGAUUGCUCUCCAGGCCGCCUCGUUUGGAGGCCAUCGAGAGAUUGUCAACCUGGUCUUAGACAAGGGGGCGUGCAUCCAAGCCGAGGGCGGCCGCUUCGGAAACGCUCUCCACGCCGCCUCGUUUGGAGGCCAUCAGGAGCUUGUCAUAUUGCUCUUAGACAAGGGAGCAGACAUCCACGCGGAUGGCAGCUUCUACGGCAACGCCCUCCAUGCCGCCUCGUUAAGAGGAUAUCAAGAGAUUGUCAACCUGCUCUUGGUCAAGGGAGCCCACGUUAACGCGGAGGGCGGCGACUACGGCAAUGCUUUCCAGGCCGCCUCGUUUGGAGGCCAUCAAGAGAUUGUCAAACUGCUUUUAGACAAAGGGGCGAACAUCCACGCAGAGGACGGCCGCUACGGCAACGCUCUCCAGGCCGCCUCGUUUGGAGGCCAUCGAGAGAUUGUCAAACUGCUCCAAAGAAAGGGUGGUACUACAUCGUGUUCAAAGCGGUCCGGGUCCAAGACUCCAGGCAACCCAGCGAAGAAACUUCGUCUUAUGGACUCUGAACCUUCUGAUCAAACUCAAUAA